AUGGAACCCGUGAGCAAAAAGCCCAAGACUGACGAAGAGGAAAUCGUCGAAGACUAUGAGGUUGAGGAGUAUGUUCCCGACAACACCCUCGUUGAGUUGGCGUCUGGACUGACCCGACUCCAGACCACAGCCGAUGAAGGCAUGAAGCACGAAGAUGGACCUAACAACAUGUUCAACGGAAAGGAGCUGUCGACAAAGUAUUUCGAUAUCCUUAAGGUCCGACGAGACUUGCCCGUCCAUGUUCAGCGACAACAGUUCCUCGAUACCUUCCACUCUACUCAGAUCAUGGUGUUCGUUGGUGAGACUGGAUCUGGUAAGACUACCCAGAUCCCUCAGUUUGUGUUGUUUGAUGAUCUCCCUCAGCUGCAAGGUAAGAUGGUUGCCUGUACGCAGCCCCGUCGAGUUGCAGCCAUGUCUGUUGCCAAGCGUGUGGCUGAUGAGAUGGAUGUGAGACUUGGCGAGGAAGUUGGUUACUCCAUUCGAUUCGAGGAUAAGACCAGCCCCAAGACUCUUCUCAAGUACAUGACUGAUGGUAUGCUUCUGCGAGAGGCCAUGCACGACCACAACCUGUCUAGAUACUCAUGCAUUAUUCUCGAUGAGGCCCACGAACGUACUCUGGCUACAGAUAUCCUCAUGGGUCUGAUCAAGCAAGUAGCUGUCCGACGGCCCGAUCUUAAGAUCAUUGUCAUGUCCGCCACACUGGACGCCCAGAAGUUUCAGUCGUACUUCAACGACGCUCCUCUCCUGGCUGUUCCCGGUCGAACCCACCCCGUCGAGAUCUACUACACUCCCGAGUUUCAGCGAGACUACCUUGAGAGUGCUCUUCGAACUGUUCUCCAGAUCCAUGCCACCGAGCCCGAAGGAGAUAUUCUGCUAUUCUUAACCGGUGAGGAGGAAAUUGAAGACGCUUGCCGAAAGCUCAAGCUCGAGUCCGACGAGCUCACCCGUGAGUCUGGCUGUGGUCCUCUUAAGGCCUACCCCCUGUACGGCUCUCUGCCCCCCAACCAACAGCAGAAGAUUUUCGACGACGCUCCUCCUGGAGGACGAAAGGUUAUUGUCUCCACCAACAUUGCUGAAACUUCGCUUACCAUUGACGGUAUUGUAUACGUCGUCGACACCGGCUUCUCCAAGCAGAAGGUGUACAACCCUCGAAUCCGAGUUGAGUCUCUGCUUGUGGCUCCCAUCUCAAAGGCGUCUGCCCAGCAGCGAGCUGGCCGAGCUGGCCGAACCCGACCUGGUAAGUGUUUCCGACUCUACACCGAGGAUGCCUUCAAGAAGGAACUCAACGAGCAAUCCUACCCCGAGAUUCUGCGAUCCAAUCUUGCCAGCACUGUUCUGGAGCUCAAGAAGCUGGGCAUUGACGAUCUCGUUCACUUUGACUUCAUGGAUCCCCCUGCUCCCGAAACUAUGAUGCGAGCUCUGGAAGAACUCAACUACUUGACUUGUCUUGACGACGAUGGAAACCUCACCGAGCUCGGUCGACUUGCUUCCGAGUUCCCCCUGGACCCCAUGCUGGCCGUAAUGCUCAUCUCCUCACCUGACUACUACUGCUCCAACGAGAUUCUGUCUUUGACUGCUCUUCUGUCCGUGCCCAACGUGUUUGUUCGACCCAACAACGACCGAAAGGCUGCCGACGAGGCCAAGAACAGCUUUGCUCAUCCCGACGGUGACCAUCUAACUUUGCUGAACGUCUACCACGCAUACAGAUCUGACGAAGCCCAGGCUGACCCCAACGAAUGGUGCUACCAGAACUAUCUGUCUCUGCGAUCUCUGCAGUCUGCCGACAACGUGCGAGCUCAGCUCAAGCGACUGAUGGAGAAGAAUGGACUGGAGCUCAUGUCCACUCCCUACGAGGACCGAAACUACUACACUAACAUCAGAAAGGCUCUUACUGCCGGAUACUUCAUGCAAGUGGCCAAGAAGAGUUCUCAGGGAGGCAAGAACUCUUACACCACCGUUAAGGACAACCAGGACGUGUUGAUCCACCCCUCUUCGGUGCUUGGCCAGGACUCCGAGUGGGUGAUUUAUAACGAGUUCGUUCUAACCACUAAGAACUACAUUCGAACCGUCACUGGCAUUCGACCGGAGUGGCUAUUGGAGAUUGCUCCUGUCUACUACGAUCUGGACACCUUCCGAAAGGGCGACAUCAAGAUGUCUCUCGAGCGAGUGUACAAGAAGCUGGAGGCGAAGAAAUAG